AUGAGGAGGGGACAUCAUAAGAAAGGCCAGGCACAAGGGCCAGCAAAGACACCCUCGGACUCGGCUGGGAAGGUGGCGGGGGCCUGCGGGACGCAAGGCGCUGGGCCCGGGGCCGGCCACGGGCGGGGAUGGGGCCGAGCGAGGGCAGCCGGACUGGCCCUGCCGCUGCUGCUGGGGCAGCUUCUGGCGCUCACAGGCGGCGGAGGCGCGUUCUACCUCGAGGUCAGCGAGCAGGAGGAGAAGUGCUUCAUCCAGGAGAUCCCCGAUGGCACAGUGAUCAUAGGUAACUACAAGACAGAGCUAUACGACCCUGCUAUGGAAAAGUACCAGCCCUCCCCGCAGUGGAUCAAUUUGUUCGUGUUUGUGAAGGACCCCGAGAACAAGAAUCUGCUGGCUCGUCAGUACGGCCCUUGGGGCAGCUUUACCUUCACCUCCCAGUCUCCCGGAGAGCACCAGAUCUGCCUUCACCUCGAGUCCAUCCGGUUCGCCCUCUUCUAUGAUGGCAAGCUGGCCAUUCACUUGGACAUGCAGUUGGGUGAACACACCAAUGAUUAUAUGGAACUUGCAGCCAAUGACAAGCUGACCCUGCUGCAUCUGCGCAUACAGCAGCUGGUGGAGCAAGUGGAGAAGAUCCAGAAGGAGCAGGAGUACCAGAGGUGGCGAGAGGAGCGCUUCCGGCAGACCAGCGAGAGCACCAACCAACGGGUGCUGUGGUGGUUCAUUCUGCAGACCUUCAUCCUUGUGGCCACUGGCAUCUGGCAGAUGCAGCACCUCAAGAGCUUCUUUAAAGCCAAGAAGUUGGUGUAG